GAAGAUGAAGUUAUUUUGGUUGGUUUGUUUACAAACAAUACGCGGCUUUGUCGUUUUCCUGAACCUUUUCCAGCUGUUUUUAGGAUUAUUUUGUGCCAAGAUUGCUUUUAAAUAAUGCCGACGUGGCAGCAGAUUCAGUCUCAGCUGAGAAAUCCCAACAAUCCUGUGGUUUUCUUCGAUGUUUCCGUAGGCACAACGGAAAUUGGCCGGAUGAUUUUUGAGCUGUACGCAGAUGUUGUUCCCAAGACAGCAGAGAAUUUCCGUCAAUUCUGCACGGGAGAGUACAAAAAGGAGAAAGAUGGUGUCCCUCUGGGGUUCAAAGGGGCCAAUUUCCAUCGAGUUAUCAAGGAUUUCAUGAUUCAGGGGGGAGAUUUUGUGAAUGGAGAUGGGACAGGUGUGAUGAGUAUCUACGGGGGAACAUUCUCAGAUGAAAAUUUCGUCCUGAAGCACGAUGCUCCGGGUCUCCUGUCGAUGGCAAACUCAGGAAAAGACACAAACGGAUGCCAGUUUUUCAUCACCUGCGCCAAAUGCAACUUCCUGGACAAUAAGCACGUUGUUUUCGGAAGGGUGCUUGAUGGUUUGCUGAUAAUGCGGAAGAUUGAGAAUGUCCCCACGGGACCGAACAAUAAGCCUAAACUCCCCGUCACGAUAUCCCAGUGUGGACAAAUGUAGAGAAGAAGAGUUUUUUUUUCACAAUUUCCAUUGAUUUAUCAUGCUAAUAAAUAAUAUAAACAAUUA